CGAAUCGGAGGUCUUGGGUCCAGAAUGGAUGUGGCAGACCCGCAGCAGCUGGGCAUGUUUACAGAGGGCGAGCUGAUGUCGGUGGGGAUGGACACAUUCAUCCACCGCAUCGACUCCACCGAGGUCAUCUACCAGCCCCGCCGCAAGCGGGCGAAGCUCAUUGGCAAGUACCUGAUGGGGGACCUGCUGGGGGAGGGGUCCUACGGCAAAGUGAAGGAGGUGCUGGACUCGGAGACGUUGUGCAGGAGAGCCGUCAAAAUCCUCAAGAAAAAGAAGUUGAGAAGGAUCCCCAAUGGGGAAGCCAACGUAAAGAAGGAAAUUCAGUUGCUGCGGAGGUUGCGGCACAAAAACGUCAUCCAGCUCGUGGAUGUGCUGUACAAUGAGGAGAAGCAGAAGAUGUAUAUGGUCAUGGAGUACUGCGUGUGUGGCAUGCAGGAGAUGUUGGACAGUGUGCCCGAGAAGCGGUUCCCCGUAUGCCAGGCUCAUGGGUACUUUUGCCAGUUGGUGGAUGGUCUGGAGUACCUGCACAGCCAGGGCAUUGUGCAUAAGGAUAUCAAGCCGGGCAAUCUGCUGCUUACCACCAGUGGCACGCUCAAGAUCUCUGACUUGGGUGUGGCUGAGGCCCUGCACCCUUUUGCUGAGGACGACACGUGCAGGACAAGCCAGGGCUCCCCAGCGUUCCAGCCACCUGAGAUUGCCAAUGGCCUGGACACUUUCUCUGGCUUCAAGGUGGACAUCUGGUCGGCUGGCGUUACCCUAUACAACAUCACAACAGGCCUGUACCCCUUCGAAGGGGACAACAUCUACAAGUUGUUUGAGAACAUCGGGAAAGGGGACUACACGAUCCCAGGUGACUGCGGUCCCCCACUCUCGGACCUGCUGAAAGGGAUGCUGGAAUAUGAGCCGGCUAAGAGGUUUUCCAUCCAGCAGAUCAGGCAGCAUAGCUGGUUCCGGAAGAAGCACCCACCAGCUGAGGAGCUGGUGCCCAUCCCGCCAAGCUCAGACUGCAAGGACCGGUGGCGCAGUAUGACUGUGGUGCCCUACCUGGAGGACCUUCAUGGCUGUGCUGAUGAUGAGGGGGACGAGGACCUCUUUGACAUCGAGGAUGACAUCAUCUACACUCAGGACUUCACAGUGCCUGGACAAGUCCCAGAAGAAGAGGCCAGUCAGAACGGACAGAGUUGGGGCCUGUCCAAGACCAUGUGCAUGAAUGGUACUGAUUCGGCGCAGCUGAGCACCAAAUCAAGGGCAGAGCGCCGGGCCAGUGCAGUCUCCAACCCUGCCCGCAAGGCCUGUUCUGCCAGUGGCAAGAUCCGUCGGCUGUCAGCCUGCAAGCAGCACCCAUCUCUGGGAGUCCUGGCCAGAUGCCAUGGCCCGGGUCCUCAGUCUUCCCGACGACUGCCGGCCCACUGCCCACCGCCCAGGAAGGCCACUGCCAUACCCUUCGUGCUGACCACUCCUCCGGAAGCCAGGGGGUCCUGGAGGGUUGUGGCUAGGCAACAUCAGAGACUGGAGUCUGUCCCCCUCCUCCGCGUUGUGGGCAGUGGAUACAACCUCCUGUUGACUUUGCAAUCCCGUGCUGGGCCCCUUUCCUGGCCAGGGGAGGGUGAGGCCAGGCCAUGGGCCCCGCACAGACCUCGCCGUGCACUUUACGUUUAGACUACUGGUUCUCGCCCGACUUCUCUUUACUUUGCUACACAGCACCUCCCACACCUAAUGUGUUCAAACAAACUGCGAUCAAGUGGGGGUGGACUUCGAGUGGGGGUGGACGGGCCUGCCCACCAAGACGCUUGCCCAGUGCCCUUGGGAGCCAGGUGGCUGCCUUGUUUUGUUGCUUGGUUGGUUUUGUUUUUUUUUUUUUUUUUUUUUUUAAGAAAAAAUAAAACAGGUCGAUUUGAGCUGUGGUUGUGAGGGGUGUUUGGGAAUUGUUGGGUGGCAGAAUAUGCUUGUCAGGUGGGUCAUCUGAGUCUGUGCAUGGGGCCCCUCUGCAGACCCCACAGUGCAGGAACUGGCCAAGGUAGUCAGCUCUUGUCCUCGAUGUGUGGAGGUCCUGGGCCUCCACGGGGGUCUGUCUUUAGCCACACUGGGCCUCUGCUCUCGCAGUGGCAACCUUGUCUCUCCAAAGCUAAGCAGGCCCUUCAGCUUCAUCCCAGGGCCUACAGCUCCACAGCACAGGGGCCAAGUGUGACAGCAGGAUCCUGGCCUUUUUUCCCCCAGGCCUCUGCUCCUAGGUCCCCAGAGAAAACCCAGAGCAAGCCAGAGUAUGCAGUAAAUAUUUAUAAUCAACCAGAAAACAAACUCCAUCACUGAAUGAAUGGUACACAGACUGCAGGAAGCUUGGUGGGGCGGGGCGGCUCAGCUGCCCCAUCUUUUGGCAAUAAAUAAAGCUUGGGAAACUUGAAACCUUGGCCAUUUGGAUUUUGUAUAAGUCUCAAACACUGAUGAGUCUUGGGGCUCUUUGGAUGUGUGGCUGUGGGGCGGGCAGCCCAGUCACAUGCGGAGGGCAGUUGCAGACACCAAGGGUACUGCAAAGAGUUGUCCAGGGCUUGGCGCAGCAGUGGUGGUGGCCGUGGUUAUUGCUUGGAGGAGGCUUGGGCUGCAGCAAACCCACGCAGCAGUGAGCGGCUUCCGGUAAUUG